AUGUACGCCUACGCUAACGAUGAAGAAGGAAAAAAGGCCGAAUACAUCGCCCUUGCCGUGUUUACUGCCGUAAUACUGGCCAUCGUUUGCUACUACGCCUACCGCGUAGGCGUCCCUGACUCUGAAAUGGAAUUCUUCGACAAUAACAUGGGAACUUUCUUAGGAUGCUACAUAGUGGGUCCUAUUCUUGUUGUAGGCCUCUUUUUUCUAUUGUUACACGUGGUUGGCACCAAGGUGGCACCGCAACCGUGUUCCUGCAAGACCCGUACUGGUGGUCGUAGUACUCAAUGUAAAUGCAAUGACAACUGCGGCAUUUUUUGCGACUGUAAUUGUGAUUGCAGCAAAAAAUACACGCCCAUAGGCAUUGCCAUUGGUCUUGGCCUGCCUGCUAUGGUGGGCGCAUUUUACUUUCUCUCCAGCUACAUGAAACUUCUCCAACAGACACAGAGUCUACGUACUCCAUCUGUAUCACGGUGA